GCCGGGCCCAGGCCGAGGCGGCCGCUGCCGGGGAGGACAGCGCUCCCUCCGGCCGCCAAAGUUUUCAUGAUGACCAUGACCGCGAUGGCUGAUGGCUUGGACGCCCAGGACUCGUCCAAAUCUGCCUUCAUGGAGUUCGGGCAGCAGCAGCAGCAGCAGCAGCCCCCGCCGCCGCAGGCACCCCCGCAGGCGCCCCCACCGCCGCAGCCGCAGCCCCCGCCGCCGCCGCCGCCGCCUCCCCCUGUGCCCGGGCAGCCGCACUCGGCCGCGCAGCAGCCGCCGAACUCGCCGGCCAUGGCGGGCGCCCACUACCCGCUGCACUGCCUCCAUUCCGCGGCGGCUGCGGCAGCGGCGGCUGCGGCGGCCGCGGGCUCCCACCACCACCAUCACCACCAUCACCAUCAUCAACACCACGGCGCGCCCUACUCCUCGGCGGCUGGCGGCGGCGGCGGGGGCGGCGGGGGCGGCGGAGGCGCCUACAGCCACCGCUCACUGGCCGCCGCCUACCCCUAUAUGAGCCACUCGCAACACAGCCCCUACCUCCAGGCCUACCAUAACAGCGGCUCGGCCGGCCCGACGCGGCCCGACGACCCAGAUCAACAGAAAACCACGGUCAUUGAAAACGGGGAGAUCCGGUUCAACGGCAAAGGGAAGAAAAUUCGGAAGCCUCGGACCAUUUACUCGAGUCUGCAGCUGCAGGCUCUGAACCACCGCUUCCAGCAGACCCAGUACCUGGCGCUGCCCGAGCGAGCUGAACUCGCAGCUUCCCUGGGCCUGACUCAAACCCAGGUGAAGAUCUGGUUUCAGAACAAACGCUCCAAGUUCAAGAAGUUGCUAAAACAGGGCAGCAAUCCUCACGAGAGCGAGCCCCUGGCGGGUUCAGCGGCUCUGUCUCCGCGCUCGCCGGCCCUGCCUCCCGUGUGGGACGUUUCUGCUUCAGCCAAGGGAGUCAAUAUGCCCCCCAGCAGCUACAUGCCGGGCUACUCUCCCUGGUACUCUUCUCCACACCAAGACACGAUGCAGAGACCGCAGAUGAUGUGACCCCGAGGCGCUCGCCUUGAGCUGGCAAAGGAGCCAUCCUCGCCAGGGCCGGGAAGCUCCCUGCCCUGGGUCCCCAAACCAAGCGGUGCCAGGCAAGCGGGGCCAGGAGGGGACCAGGAGGCCGGUUGGGUUUUCUGCUUUGCUUUUCUCCCUCCCUCCCCCCGUCUCCCCUACAGAACAGCCUAGCUGCAGUGGCUGGAGCUUUGGGGAGAGCUCCAGCUCUCCACACUUCUCCAUGAGGAUUCUCGGUUCCCAGGGACUCCCACGUGGUCAGUUUGGGGCAGCCCGAUGGGGCCUGCCGGCAGAAUCUUGUUCCAGACUUUCUAGCCCAUUGGAGAGAGCGCCUUUCUCUACCACGCCCAGGCUUUCACUGGUUUCGGGAGUUUAGAAACCGACCCCAGAUGAAUGAGGAGAAAGAAGCUGCUUACACUCCUCCUGCGGGUGGAUUUUGCCAAUCCCGGACAGGCGACAGCAACUUCCCUCUCCCCGCCCUCCUCCCCCCUAUCCCUGCCUGGAGGGAGAUGCUUUGAGCCUGUCGGUCCCAUUGGAGGGGGCCGGUGAGGGGGAAGCUGCAUGUUGUGCUCCAAGUGGGCUGAGCAGGAACACGGACAGACAGAGCCCACUGUCCAUCCUCAGCCCCUGCUUCCCUGGUCCCCGUCCCCUGCCACCUUCUCCAAGCCCUGAACUCGGGAGGAAAGACAGAGGACAGCGCACCAACACCUCCUGCCGACCCAUGACUUGGCAAGGCUCAGUCAGUAAAGUGGCUGCCGACGACCCCUAUUUACGGAGCAGCUCGUUGGACGCUUAGAACGAGAAACUUUCUGUUUAUAUUGUUGAAUUUUAGCUGUACAGAGACUUUGUAUGUUUUUGUCUUCUUUCAUAUAUGGAGUAAAAGCCACAAAA